AUGGUUAGGAAGUUGAAGCAUCAUGAGCAGAAGCUGCUGAAAAAGGUGGAUUUCCUGGACUGGAAGCAGGACCAAGGACACCGUGAUACUCAGGUAAUGAGGACAUACCACAUACAGAACCGUGAGGAUUACCACAAAUACAACAGGAUAUGUGGUGACAUAAGGAAGAUUGCGCACAGAUUGUCUCUAUUGCCGCCUAGUGAUCCGUUCCGUAGGAAACAGGAGCAAAUGUUGCUGGAUAAGCUGUACAACAUGGGCAUCUUAGCCACAAAGUCUAAAAUUUCAGACCUAGAAAACAAAGUAACAGUGAGUGCUAUUUGUAGAAGAAGGCUGCCCGUUGUAAUGCACAGAUUGAGAAUGGCGGAAACGAUAAAGGAUGGUGUCAAAUUUAUUGAACAAGGUCAUGUACGGGUUGGUCCAAACCUAAUAACAGACCCUGCAUACUUGGUUACCCGUAACAUGGAAGAUUAUGUCACUUGGACUGACAACUCCAAGAUCAAGAAGAAUGUCUUGAAGUACAGAAACCAAAUUGACGAUUUCGAGCUUUCAUAG